CGUGGCCCCUCCUCUCUCUUACGCGCUCUCUCGCUCUCUCGCUAGGGUUAGGGUUUCUUCUAACCCACCCCACCCCUUUCUCUGGCCACCGCCAAUCUUCCCCUUCCUUUCUUAGGUUUAGGGUGUUUAUCUCGUCUAGGGUUAGGGUUCCCCUUCCGUUCUCUGUGGUUAGGGUUGGUUCUUAUUCUAUUAUUCCGAAGAUGAUGCAGCCAGCCGGCGGGAUGGUGCAGCCACAGAUGGCUCCCCCUCCGAUGGAACAGCAUCAGCAGACGCAGCCGCAGCAGUGGACGAUGAUGCCCCCUCAGCCGCAGCCGCAGUAUUACCAGGCGCCGAUGUGGAACCAGCAGCCGUCCCAGAUCCCGCCGCCGGUGCCCCAGCCGGUGCAGCAGCUCCCGCAGCAGCCCCAGCCGCAAUACCCGGGCCCACAGCCGGCCUCGGCCGACGAGAUCCGGACGCUCUGGGUCGGGGACUUGCAGUAUUGGAUGGACGAGAACUAUCUUUUCGGGUGCUUCGCCUCGACUGGAGAGGUUCUUUCUGUGAAAAUGAUCCGGAAUAAGCAGACUGGGCAAUCAGAGGGUUAUGGUUUUAUUGAGUUUGCAACUCGAGCAGCUGCAGAAAGAGUUCUUCAGGCUUUUAAUGGCCAAAUGAUGCCUAAUAUUGAGCAAACUUUCAGACUAAAUUGGGCUACCUGUGGAUCGGGUGAGAGACGUGAUGAUAGCCCUGAUUAUACAAUAUUUGUCGGGGAUUUGGCCUCUGAUGUCACAGAUUACUUGUUACAAGAGACAUUCAAAACUCGCUACCCAUCAGUUAAGGGGGCAAAAGUUGUCUCAGAUAGACUUACUGGGCGAUCCAAAGGCUAUGGCUUUGUUAGGUUUUCAGAUUCAAAUGAACAAACACGUGCUAUGAAUGAAAUGAAUGGAGUUUACUGUUCAUCAAGGCCUAUGCGGAUUGGUGCAGCUGCCAGCAAGAAAGCUGGUGCUCAACAGUAUUCUUCAAACGCUUCUUACCAGACUGCACCAGGAGCUGAGUCCGAGAAUGAUCCAAAUAAUACCACUAUAUUUGUUGGUGGGCUUGAUCCAAUUGUCACUGAGGAACAUCUGAGACAAGUUUUUAGCCAAUAUGGUGAGUUGGUCUAUGUAAAGAUACCUGUAGGCAAGCGAUGUGGGUUUGUUCAAUUUGCAGUCAGGUCAUGUGCUGAGGAGGCCCUGCAGAUGUUAAAUGGAACCCAACUUGGGGGGCAGAACAUACGGCUUUCAUGGGGUCGUAGUCCAGCAAAUAAACAGCCACAGCAGGAUUCUACCCAAUGGAAUGGUAGCUAUUAUGGGUACACCCAGGGCUAUGAUACAUAUGGAUAUGCUCCUCCUCAAGAUCCCAACAUGUAUGCAUAUGCAUCAUAUCCAGGAUAUGGGAACUAUCCGCAGCAGCAGCAGCAGCAGCAGCCACCGCAGCAGCAGUGAUAUUUUGAUGACAUGAGGGGCUACAGACAUGCGUGGUUCUAGUAAUGCUAGUUUCUGAACCUGUGUUUACUCCUGAGCUGUUGUGUCUAUUGAUAAGAGUAGUCUUCCUUGUUGAAGUGACCUGCCUUGUAUCUUGUCCAGAUCCUUGCAGGAUUGCUCUUUAUAGUGCAACUUUGUAAUGCUGCAGGGACCUCAGAGCUGCAGCUGGUGGUGGUGAUUGGAGAGUUUCUUUUUCUGUUUUUUUUAGUAGUUCUAGCUUUUUAACUUAUCUUAGUUUUAUUGGGAGUAUUUUGUUUGAAUUAUAUUUAAUAGCAUGCUAUGCUGGAUGGUUAGUAUAAGAAACUUGGUUGAUGUGACAAUUCAUGUCUUUUGCUGUGAAAAUUUAUAUUUGGCCAGUUUCUUAUAA